ACCACAACAAUCACAACUUCACCAGUGUAAUACAGUGCGGUGCUUCGUCGAUUAUCAAUCUUGCGUGCCGCGCGGAGUACUGCUUAUUUACUCUCAAAGUUGACUCGAUAGUGCAAAUAAAAUUUUAUUUAUUAAAAUAGUUAAGUGUGAAUUGUGAGAAAAUUUGUCAAAAUGACUGACUUUUUGGCUCCUCCAACGGUGGACCGUGAGGAAUAUCUCUUGGGGCGACCCAUUGAUAAACAAUUUGAAGAGCUGGUUAAAUCUGAAGGAAAACCAAAAAAUCAUGUUGAUCAUGAGGUGAUUCCACCAUCAUUAAGAAAUUUUUCUGGUGAUGAUCAAGUCGAUCUUCAUAGGAAAUUGCAAGAAGAUCCUUUAAUGGCCAUUAAAAAAAAACAGAUGGAAUCUCGAGCACAAUUGCUAAAGAAUCCAGUAAAACUUCAACAAUUGAGAGCAGCGAUUAGAAAUGGAAAAACUCCUAGCACAACUGAAGAAAGCAGUAGUGAGGAUUCUGAUAGACAUAAAAAAGAAAAACAUAAAAAAGCUAAAAAGAAUCAAAAAAAGAAGUAUGCAAGCAGUGAAAGUGAUAGUUCAGUGGAAAGGGACACUCGUAAGAGUCGUUCUAAAGUUAAAAAGAAUCAUAAAAAGAAAUAUUUAAGCAGUGACAGUGAUAGUUCCAUGGAAAGGGAUACUCAUAAGAGUCGUUCUAAAGUUAAAAAAAGUCACAGAAAAAAAAAUUCAAGCAGUGACAGUGAUAGUUCAGUCGAAAGAGACACUCAUAAGAAUCGUUCCAAAGUUAAAAAGAGUCACAGAAAAAAAAAUUCAAGCAGUGACAGUGAUAGUUCAGUGGAAAAAAACACUCAUAAGAGUCGUUCCAAAGUUAAGAAGAGUCAUAGAAAAAAAUAUACAAGCAGUGACACUGAUAGUUCAACAGAUAGAGAUGCUCGUAAAAGUAGUACAAAAGCUAAAAAAAGCCACAAAAGAAAAUACUCUAGCAGUGAUAGUAGUAGUACAACUGAUGACUCUAAUAGCAACAGUGAUGAUGUCAGGAAAACUAAAAAAACUGAAAAAAAAGUCAAAAAACAUUCUAAGGAACCAGAAAAACACUCAAAUAAAAAGAAGCGUACUAAUACUCUUAAUGGCAGUGAUGAUGAUGCAGAAAAAUAUACUGAAAGUAAGUCUGACAGAAAUAAAAAGUAUGGAAAAAGUGACAAAUACAGCAGUAGGCAUACAGAAAGUACUAAUUGGGAUAGCAAAGAUGAUUAUUAUCAUAGAAAAGAUGAUAGACAUUCAAGUAAGCAUGAUUUUAAGUACAAACAGUCAGAUUCCAAAAAUGAUACCAACCGUUAUAAUAGAACUGAAGACUAUCAUAAAAAAGACGAAAAAAAAUUAAAUAAAUAUGAUAAUAAGUAUAAGUCAUCAGACUACAGCAGUAGAAAAGAUAGUGAUCAUUAUUCUAGCCAUAAAGAAAAAAAUAAACUGACGGAGAAUCAAAAAUACGAAGACAAGAUGCGCAGCAGGGAUAAAGAUGAUGGAAAAAAUGAAAAUAAUCAAGACUAUAUUGAUAAUUCUCCUGGAAGAACUAAUUUAGUAAGAAAUUAUGGUUUGAUGAAACCCGAUGGUACAAAAUUAGAUAUAUCCAAUGAGCCCUCCCCAAAAACAGAACGUCAAACUGAAAAAAGGCAAUCUUCUUACACUGCUGUAUCAAAAGACAUGAGACCUCCCAUGAAGAAACGAAUGAAAUUGACAGAAGAAGAAAAAGAACGAAAACGCCAAGAGAUGUUGGAUAAUGCAACUCAGUAUGAUAAAAAACGAGCUCAAGCUGUUAAAAAAUUCACAGAGGAGGAGCAAAAAGAACAAAGUAUUCAUGAAAAACCUUACGAUAAGGAUUUCAUCAUAAAAAAUUUAGCAAAAGUUUCAAACAGUGAAACUGUGGCUUCCAGAAUUAAAUCAAAUGUACAUAACAUUCAGAGGAAUAAGUCCAGUAUGGAUUCGAAUUUUGCGAGAAGAUAAUCAAUGCCUUAUCUUCAUGAAUAAAUAUUAAUGUGAAUAUUUUCCGGAAUGUAU